AUAUGAGUGAUGAAUUUCCUGUACCCAAACCUAAAUAAAGAAUUGAGGGAAAUGUGUUACCUGAGGAGGAAUACUUGAGAAGAUUAGAAAUUAUUAUCAAAAGAGACUACUAUCCUGAAUUAUACAAAUUAGACAAAAUGAGAAAUGAAGAUGGGUAUUAUUUUUAAAUAAUCAGAUAAUAGAAAUCCAGAUGAAAAUAUGUCGUUAAGUCAAUUUUUAAGUAGUUAUACUUCAGAUGAAAAUGUUACCUUAAAUCAAAUAAUUAAGAAGGGUGAUGAUUAAUGGUAUUAGAAACAUGCAUGGAUGUUUUAAGUCGAAGAAUAACACAAACUUAAAUAAGCAGCACUUCAAUCUGAUAAAUUAUAGCAUAUGAUUGAAGGAAACAGAGAAAACAACAUCCAAUUAAAUGAAUACAAGGCAUUGAAUCCAUUAUAUUUUAGAAUGGACCCUAGAAACGAGAGGUAAGAAUCUGUACUAUUUAGACUACAACCAGAAAUCUAAGAACUCAAAGAAACAGACAAUUCUUUGAAUUUGCAAAAAGUGGAAAUUCAAAACACCAGAUUUUCUGAUCAUCAUAAACCUUUAGAUUAUGCAAUCAAUUAAAUAGACUAGAAAUUACAAAAGAGAAAACUCCAGGAAUGCUUAAAUGCAUAGGGUGUUAAUGUCUUUUAUGGAAGCACACCCAAUUUGGUUGGAGCCUAGAGGUUUGAGGAUGAUGAUAUGCUUGGUCUCUUUUCACCUGCUCCUCAAAACAUGAAAACUCCUUUGAUGACUUGGGGAGAAUUGGGUGAGACUCCAGUGUAAUUGGAUAGAUCCUACAUGAUUCCCCCCAGUUCUUAAAGAGACAAAGUGGGAUCCAAUCUAACACAACAAUUGAAUAUUAAGAAAAGGAAUGAGCAAAAAUAAUAAGAAGAGUAAUAUGAUGAUUAAUUUUAGGUGGUUGAAGAGGAGAUUGAGUUCUAUUACACCUUAUAGAGUUGGCAGCUCAAUGUCAUCUAGAGUUAGUUCUGAGAUGAUUAAGAAUUUCCUUGAUAGAAGAGGUUCAACCAAUCAUUUGACUCCUAUGGGCCCUAAGAGCAAGAACAUCAAAAAACAACAAUGAAAUAUAU